UGUGGCGCAAUGGCGGGAACGGAGGGGAGUCUGUUGCGCCAGUUCCCGCUGUUUCUGCCCCAGAACCGGGCGAAAACUGUGUAUGAGGGAUUCAUUUCGGCUCAGGGGAAAGACUUCCACCUUAGAAUAGUGUUGCCUGAAGAUUUACAAGUGAAGAAUGCAAGAUUACUAUGCAGUUGGCAGUUGAAAGCUAUACUUAAUGGAUACCAUCAAAUAGUCCAACAGAGAAUGCAGCACUCUGCUGAUCUAAUGAGUUUUAUGAUGGAGUUGAAGAUGAUUUUGGAAGUUGCUUUAAGGAAUAGACAAGAGUUAUACGCACUACCUCCUCCUCCCCAGUUCUAUUCAAGCCUUAUUGAAGAGAUAGGAACUCUUGGUUGGGAUAAACUAGUAUCUGUAGAUAGUUGCUUUAGUACCAUCAAGUUAAAAGCAGAAGAUGCUUCUGGUAGAGAACAUCUAAUCACUGUCAAGUUGAAAGCAAAGUAUCCCGCAGAAUCACCAGAUUGUUUUGUGGAUUUUCCUGUUCCAUUUUCUAUUUCCUGGACACCACAGGGCUCCUUAAUAAGCAUUCAUAGUCAGUUUUUGGCAGCGUUAGAAUCACUGAAGGCAUUCUGGGAUGUUAUGGAUGAAAUUGAUGAGAAGACCUGGGUACUUGAGCCAGAAAAACCUACCCGGAGUGCAACAGCACGCAGAAUUGCAUUAGGAAAUAAUGCUUCCAUAAAUAUAGAAGUGGACCCCAGGCAUCCUACUAUGCUUCCUGAAUGCUGCUUUCUUGGAGCUGACCAUGUGGUAAAACCCCUGGGAAUUAAGCUGAGCAGGAACAUACAUUUGUGGGAUCCAGAAAACAGUCUAUUACAAAAUCUGAAAGAUGUUUUAGAAAUUGAUUUCCCAGCUCGUGGUAUCCUGGAAAAAUCUGAUUUUACUAUGGAUUGUGGAAUUUGUUAUGCCUAUCAACUUGAUGGUACCAUUCCUGAUCAAGUGUGUGGUAAUCCCCAGUGUGGACAGCCUUUUCAUCAAAUAUGCUUAUAUGAGGUAAAACUAAAAAAUAAUGGCAAGACUUUUUUUUUCCAGCUAAUACAGCAUAGAAAAUAUGCAUAUUUGAAAUAUAUGAAAAAAUUUGUUUAUUCAGUUGUGAUCCCCUUUUGCCUUAAUUUCUUUUACCAGUUUAUUAGUAAAUGAAGAGAUGCUUAAAGUAUCCAAGAAGGGAGAAAAAUCUAUCCAGAAUAUAUUUGCAGACUUGUUUUUUGCAUAACAGAUUAAGUUGGUGGUACAUUACCCAGUGCAAGCUCCUUAGAUUCAUCCUGGUGGCAGCACUGAGGUGAGGGAAUUAACACACGGUACAGUACCUUAUUUUUCAGGCUGUACUUAACCAUAGAAGAAAUGCAACAAUCACACUUUUCUGGUUAAAGAUAGCAUUCGGUACUAUAUACACCAUACCAAUAGAGACUUCAGAUAUAAACAUCAAUUUAUAUUACAUAAAUAUCAGGUCUGAUUAUAGAACGCUAAGGGAACAUGUGCUUUUGUAAUACGAAAUUUAACUUUAAAAUAUUGCUUUGUAAUCAGUGGCUUGAGAAUACAAUCUUGGUGAUUAAGACCACAGUGAGAUUAAAUUUUUGGAAGCUUAUAGGAUCUUUUGUGGCAGGAGUUCUUUAUAUUGAUUAAUGGAUUUAGGGAAGGUAUGUAAACCCCAGGAACUUCUAUGCAUUAUCUUUGAGGGCAAAGAAAGUAUAACUCUCAUCAAAGGGUCUUAUAAACCAGUGGUUCAGACUAUUCCACGUUGAUCUCCUCUUGUUAUUCAACUUAACAAUACUCUGGUAUUAUUUGGCUCAAGAAAUGUGUCUCCCCCUACCCAAUCCCUAGUGGUGCUUGGAACUGAACCAAGGGCUAAAAAUGUAUUUCUUACUCUAAUAAUUAAACAAUUAGUAAGGUUAACCAUCUGGAAUCAUACUGACUUUUUUUCUCUUUUUUAAAUCUCCAGUGGUUGAGAGGACUACUCACUAGUAGACAGAGUUUUAAUAUCAUCUUUGGUGAAUGUCCAUACUGUAGUAAGGUAAGCAAAGUGUUUAUCAC